AUGUCAAACGUAGAUGACGAUUUAGUUCCUGAACAAGUAGAAGGGUACACUGUUGGAGAAAAGAAAACAAUUGACGAAUACAAUAAACUAGAUGCCGAAGAUGAAAGUUUAGCCAAGUGGAAAGCUUCAUUGGGAUUAUCGACCACUGAAACACCAUACCCUGUUAAACCAAAUGACAAAAGAACAGUGGUUGUUACUGAAUUGGCAUUGGAGUUCCCCGAUCAACCUGAAUUACAACCAAUUAGAAUAAAUUUAGAAGAUGCUGAUGGAAAUACAAUUUUGAACAAGGAGAUCAAAUUUAGCAUCAAGGAAAAAUCAAUUUAUCAAUUAGUUGUCAAGUUUAGAGUCCAACAUGAAAUCAUUACUGGGUUGAAAUAUUUACAUUCGGUUAAAAGAGGUGGAUUAAGGGUAGAUAAAGUUGAAGAACCAUUGGGAAGUUAUGCACCAAAUACAGUUGAAAAUCCAUUUUAUGAGCGUAAAUUUACUGAAGUUGAAGCUCCUUCGGGGAUGAUUGCUAGAGGUACUUAUUCUGCUGUUUCCAAGUUUGUUGAUGAUGAUAAAAAUGUCCAUUUGACUGUUCCUUGGAGUUUUGCUAUUGUGAAAUAA